GUGAAAAUAGUUAUGUUUCAAAUUAUGAGACGAGUGACAUUCUAUUUUGCUGUUUGUUGAUCCGGAAUACCGAUGCUCUGAUGUUUUCACCUUUUUAUUUAAACGGGUUUUAAUUUAAGAAUGAAUGCUUUUGCUAGAUGCAAAAGCAGGAAGUUUUCCAAUGCGUCUAAGUUCUUAACAUUGAUGUCCUCGUCAUAAACUUGUCAGAAGUUGCAGGUGUUCGCGAGUUCGAUAUCGAUAUAGUGUGCACUUUAAUGCUUGUGGAAAUAAGUAAUGUAACACCAAAAAUAAAUCACAUGGGUGCGAGUGUGCUAAAAACAACUUCGAAUAUGAGGUGACUUCAGCCAUCGAUAACAAUAUGAAACAAAAAAAUCGGUGGACUCGGAAAAGUGGAUGUAGUGAAAAAUAAUCAAAUUUGUCAGUCUGAAAUAGGUGUCAGUGUUGAAGGUGUGCGGCGCUCCAAUGAAAUCGCUGUUUGGUUGUAUAACAUUAACAGAAAGAUCUGAAAAUCAUAAGGCUUCUAAAACACAUAAUCGUGGCGGCGUACAAUCAAGCUAGUCUUAGUACCUCGGGAUCCUGUAAUGCACGCAAAUGUGCAUACAGAUCGGGCCGGGGGUGGAGGAGGAUCAUGGCGGUUGCCUCCAGAUGAAACCUUGCAGGUGGCGGAUCCGAAGCAAAAAGAAGAACAGGAUCUUUUCCCACCUGAAGGCCAUAAUUGGAGAAGCAUUGUAUUUUCUCUAUUAGUAAUCGGAUUUGUUAUAUCUGGGAUUGUUACAGCUAUAUAUCUUUUAGGCUACGUUGAUGAAUUACUAUACUGGUCUGGCAAGCGAAUGAAACUAGACGAUUUUCUGCAGAAGGAAAUAAUACCACAACGGCUUCCUUCUAUGUGGAUAAAUAGCAAAAAAUUUGUCUUUCAAUCCGACGAUGGAGGGCUUGCUGUACUAGACACUGCCACAAACACUGUGUCAACAUUGGUGACAAACCAUACUAUACGCCAAAUUAACGUGAAAGGUUACCAAUGUUCACACGACCUACGAUAUGUACUGUUCAAGCAUAACGUCAAGCAGGUUUACCGAAUAUCGUUUACUGCACUAUAUACUGUAUAUGAUGUCGCUAAUGAUCAUCAUAUGCCGAUAAGACUAAAACGCUCUCCAAAACUGCAGACCGCUCGCUUGCAGUAUGUGUCUUGGAUUGGAAACACUACCGCAAUAGCAAUAGUAGCCGCUAACGACAUAUAUAUAAGACAAUCACCAUCGGAUGAGGAAGAUCAUAGGCUAACAUUUACAGGAGAAGAAAAUACUAUAUACAACGGUGUACCUGAUUGGUUGUAUGAAGAGGAAAUUUUUACAUCAUUCGAAGCGAUGUGGUUUUCGCCAGACGGGAAUCACAUUAUGUAUGCAACAUUCAACGAUUCACGUGUUGGGCAAAUGACGUACCCGUGGUUCACAACGACCACGACGUUAUCCGCUGGCAGAGAUGAUAAUAGAACACUUUUUCCUAUUUCUAAGCAAAUGCGAUAUCCUACGCCGGGUUCCAUUAACCCGGAAGUGACACUAUGGGUUGUGGAUAUAAGAAACCUUAGCAAUAUAAUAACUUCGGAAUUAAGCCGACCGGCUGCACUAGAAGAACAGGAUCACUAUUUUUUAUCGGCUAGUUGGAUAAAUGCUCCCAAUAUGCGAAUAUCGACAGUGUGGAUAACUCGACCCCAAAACAUGUCUUUUGUGGCAUCAUGUGAAAGUCCAAGCUGGCAGUGCAUAGAGCAUCAUUCUGAGCGUGCACCCGAAAACGAAUGGCUGGACAUUUUACCUCAUCCUGUUUUUGCUCCAGAUGGGGACAGCUUCCUUAUGAUGGCUAGCGUGCAGGAGACGGGCACUGAGCAUUUUACUCACAUAAAACAUGUUACAAUAACCCAACAACGAAUAGCUGUGAUAUCGCACGGACGUUAUGAGGUUGUACGUAUACUAGCAUGGGAUACAUAUAAUCAUCUGGUCUAUUACCUUGGAACACACGGAAAACGUCCAGGUCAGCAGCAUCUAUACGUUGUGAAAGACCCAGUAAAUGAGGAGCUCAAAAGAUCGGAGCCAACGUGCGUCACCUGCGAUCUAAGUGAAGUAUUGUGGAGCAGCCGAUAUUAUUAUAGUAAUUGUACGCACUUCAACGCUUAUGUGAGCCCUGAGUCUCAUACAGCUACGAAUUCAGGAAUUACGCAUUACAUUUUAGAAUGUGAAGGCCCAGGAUUACCGUUGGCAGUUGUGCACACUGCGCUAAACCAUCGACUCGUACGAGUUUUGUACGACACGAGGCCCGCUUUCACGAGAAAACUACAAGAACUUGCGCUUCCAACACAGCGGUCCUUCGAGAUUCCGUUGCCGCACGGAACACGUGCAGCGGUGCAACUAUUGCUUCCACCCAGUUGGAGAGAAGAGCUUCGGGAUGCGGCUUUUCCCGUGCUUGUUGAAGUCAACGGCAGACCAGGAUCGACGUCAGUUUCUGAGCAGUUCAAAAUCGAUUGGGGAACUUAUAUGUCUAGCCAUAACGAUGUAGUCUAUAUUCGACUUGAUGUGCGUGGUGCCAGAGGGCAAGGCAAGAAGGCUUUGUACCGCCACAUUGGAGGAGUAGAAGUUCAAGAUCAAAUAGCAGCGUUGAGGUAUCUCUUAGAGACCCUCAAUUUUUUAGAUGAGAACAGGGUAGGUGUAUGGGGUUGGGGCUACGGUGGAUACGUAACGGCAAUGAUAUUAGGAUCGCAACAGCACGUCUUCAAGUGUGGUAUAUCGGUGUCGCCAAUUACAGACUGGUUAUAUUACAAUUCGGUGUUUACGGAGCGAAUACUGGGCGCACCAGCCGAGAACUACAAAGCAUACGUAGAAGCAGACGCCACACAACGGGGAAAACAGAUUCCUUCCAACUCUUAUCUCCUGAUGCAUGGCUUAGCGGACGUUUCAGCACCGUUUCAACAUGGAAUACAGCUGGCAAGAGCACUGACUGAAUCGGGAACCAUUUUCCGAUAUCAAAGCUACGCCGACGAAGGACACGAAUUACACGGUGUGCUUGAGCACGUCUAUCGCACCAUGGAGGAUUUCCUGAAAGGCUGUUUAUCGCUGGAUUCCGACGAUGAAAAGCCCAAGGAAGUGCACGUACCGAACGAGUAACCGAACCGAGCAGCGUAAUCAAUCAUCGUUUUUAGCAUGUGCUGUGUAAUAUCAAUUUUUACUCUGAUUUUAUUUAGUGCGCGACAUUCAUAGUAAAACUACUACUACAUAUCACACUGUGAAAACAUCGAGAAAAACGGAAAGAUAGCGCAAUUAUGAAUGCAAUGAUGUUAAAUUAAAACAAAAAAAAAAGUUCUUCCUUUUUUUCAUCGAAACGAAAAUGAAAAAGAAAUAUUAAUACCAUAACGCAUAUACGUGACGUGUUUACAGUUUUCAAAAAAUGUGUACAUAAAAUUCAAUGUGAUGAUAAAACCAUUUUCGCAAAACUAGUGUAGUAGAAUUUUGAUAUGCUCUUGCCUUAAAAAUGUACAUAAAACAACUGGAAGAUAAAAUCAAACUCGUGUACAUAGACGCUAUGACGGGCUUGUUUAUCGUUGUUCAUAAAUUUUGUUUCGAAUAAUGUAUUACUAAUAAUCAAUUGUUGUAAAAUAAACUCACCAGUGAUGCUCAUUGUUGUAUAUAACA